UUAUUAUUAAAACAUGUUUACAAGAUUGUGGAUAUAAUUGGGGAUUGGGAACACCUAGCUUGUAUUUAACAAACACAUACAUUACGGUAAAGUGCAGCGUUUCUCUUAAAAUUUAGGUACGUCCCUCUCUGUGCGAGUGAGACAACGUUGCCGCGAGCCGUACUGAUCAGAGAGCAUUGAGAUAUGGCAAAUGUGCCAUCAUUAAUACGAAUUCCGGCUCCUGUUUGGUGUAUAGGGGGUUUGUAGGAGUAUGGAGUUAAUUCAAACUUGAUUUCCCAAAUUCUGCAUGAAACAGUUACUGCUCCGGUGGAACUACACACAAAUGUGGAAGUAAAACCAGAGUUGGCAGAUUCUCAUUUCCUUAUUUACUUGCUUUGCUGCCGCAAUCCUUGCCUCAUAAACUCCUCCAGAGUCUGCGUUCUGGGGGAAAUAUUCAGACUGUGUGAUGCUGGAAGUGGACGUCUUCUGUCCUGUGUGAAGUCUAGAUGCAACAGGCAAUAUGCAAAGAAGACAAAGUCUGCAUUGUUUCCAGCAACGACAGGCAGCUUUUUACAGUGAAGAAGCUCUGAUUAAUGCACUGCACACUACCUGGCCAGCACCAAACAAGAGACAGACAAAGCUACCAACUAGCAGGUUUUUGAAGCGAUGUGUGCCCCUCGUUUCCUUCUCCGUCCUGGGGUGAUCAUCUUAUGUUUUUUUAUGACGACAUUGCACCAUUGCGUGGCCUCCCAGAAGAAGACCUCCUGCUAUGUGCAAGAUGGAAGAGCUGACUGCAGCCGCCUCAGCCUCAGGGCGGUCCCUCCAAACCUCCCUAGGAACAUCAUCAGCCUCGAUAUGUCUCACAACAUAUUGGUGGGGAUUCCCCCUCUGUCACUAGCCCCAUACCCAGGCCUCCUCCACCUUGAUGUCGGUUACAACAGUAUCACCAGGCUGGACCAGGGUUUGUGCCAGACACUGCCUCUGCUGCAGACGCUGAAUGUGGAACACAAUGAAGUGCAUGUGCUGGAGAAAGAGGAUAUGAGUCACUGCACCAAUCUAACAAGGUUGAAUAUGGCUAGCAAUAGGCUAAAGCUAAAAGGAGAACCCUUCUUUGCACUACAGAGCCUUAAAUUUCUUGAUGUUUCAAAAAACAACCUGCUGUCAGCCAAGCUCGGCUCUCAGCCUCAGCUGCCCAGCCUGGAGAACCUCAGUCUGGCCUUGAAUAGCUUCACCUCUUUGAAGAAAGACGACUUUUUCUACCUUAACCAUUCGUCCUCUCUGCAAGUCCUCAACCUGUCAUCUAUAUCUCUAAAAACAUUGGAGCCGGGUUGCUUUAAGCCCCUUUCAAGUCUACAUACUUUAAUCAUGGAUAAGGGCAGUAUGGGCACUCUGGUUAUUUCUAAACUCUGCUCAGAGCUGUCAGGGACAGCCAUUAAUGCCCUGUCUCUUCAGAAGAUGAAGCUUGUCACACUCACAAACACAACCUUUAGAGGGCUAGAGAAAACAAAUCUAACCUCUCUGGAUCUCUCUGGUAAUGGCAUGGGUAAAAUUGGAGAAGGCUCAUUUCAGUGGCUGUCCAGACUUCAGAUUCUAAAUCUGGCGGACAACAACAUCAAGCACCUAACAAAGGACACAUUUAAGGGGCUUAAAAGUUUGAAAAAACUCAGCUUGAGAAAAGCUCUGGUGAAAAGUCGUACCUCCUCCACCCCAAUUAUUGACGAUUUCUCCUUCCAACCAUUAAGCACCUUGGAGAGUUUAAUUUUACAGAGAACUUCAGCUCGGGAAAUCACAGAGUACACCUUUACAGGCUUGAUGAGUCUGAAAGAACUUGAUAUGAGCUGGAGCAGUUAUACAUCACUCAAAAACAUCACCAACAAGACCCUAGUCUCCCUUGCGGGAUCACCUCUCAAGAGGUUAGACCUGACAGGAACAGCUAUAGCACAGAUUCAUCCUGGAACCUUCUCCGUUUUAAGAAACCUCACCACUCUUCUUCUAAAUUACAAUUAUAUCAAACAAACUCUCACUGGGAAAGAGUUUGAAGGCCUGAGCCAAAUUCAAGAGAUCCAUAUGUCCAAUAACCACCAGACUGUCAAUCUAAGCUCCACGUCAUUUGUCAAUGUGCCCAAUCUUAGGGUCCUGACUUUGGGGAAAAGCCUUAUAGUCUCAGCCUUGAACCUGGAUCCUUCUCCAUUCAGGCCCCUAUCCAACCUCACCAAACUGGAUCUCAGUAACAACAACAUCGCUAACAUCAGAGAGAAUCUGUUGGAUGGGCUUGUUAACCUGAAGGUCCUGAAUCUCCAACACAAUAACUUAGCCCGGUUGUGGAAGAGCGCUAACCUAGGUGGGCCAGUGUUGUUUCUCAAAGGGGCACAGAACUUGUUAUCCUUACAGAUGGAUAGUAAUGGGCUAGAUGAGAUCCCAUUGGAGGCUCUGAGAGGGUUGAGUAACCUCCGAGAACUAAGCUUAGCCUACAAUCUCCUCAACAAUCUAAAGGACUCAAUUUUUGACGAUCUGAACUCACUGCAGGUUUUACAUUUACAGAAGAACCUGAUUACAACUGUGAGGCCCGAAGUGUUCAAAACUCCUAUGAGCAACCUCAGCAUGCUCGUCAUGGACAAAAAUCCAUUUGACUGUACCUGUGAGAGCAUCCUGUGGUUCGUGACAUGGAUAAAUAACACAAAUACCAGUGUGCCAAGUCUCAAGGACCAGUAUAAGUGCAACACUCCACUAGCUUACUUUAACCACUCGGUCAUGGAUUUUGACACACUCUCUUGCAAAGAUAUGGUCCCAUUUCAGGCCCUUUACAUACUGAGCAGCACAGUCAUUAUCAUGCUGACUGUAACUGCACUUCUAGUGCGGUUCCAUGGCUGGAGGAUUCAGUUUUAUUGGAACAUCCUGAUCAAUCGCACAUUAGGAUUUAGUGAUGCCAAAGUUGAGGAGGGCAGGGAAUUUGAGUAUGACGCCUAUGUCAUAUAUGCAGAAGAAGACGCCAACUGGGUUAAGAGAAAAAUGGACUCUUUAAAGAAUGAAAAGUGCAAGUUUUGUUUGGAGGAUGAGGAUUCAGUCCCUGGCAUGUCACAGCUUGAGUCAAUUCUGGAAAAUAUGAGAAAGUCCAGAAAAAUCCUGUUUGUCGUCACUGAAAGGCUUCUCAAAGAUCCCUGGUGUAUACGCUUUAAAGCCCAUCAUGCACUUCACCAGGUCAUUGAAGACAGCAGGGACUCUGUGAUUCUGGUCUUCCUGCAGGAUGUGCACGACUACAAGUUAUGUCGCUCGAUCUUCCUCCGCAGGGGCAUGUUGCGUUCAUGCUGCAUCCUCAACUGGCCUGUCCAUAAGGAGAGAGUGCCUGCCUUUAACCAGAAGCUCCUCAUAGCGCUUGGCAUGACUAAUCGAUUGGAGCAGUGACUGUUUUUCAUUAGUAAUAAUGGAAAACACCAUUUGUAAUAAUAAUUACCAAUGUACAAUAUGUUGGUUGUAAUGAUGCAAUCUCUUAAUAAAGGGUUUUCUAAAAGGUUGGUCCUUACAGUGAAAAGAUUAAUAAGUGAAUAAACCCUUAAUUAACUCAGUAUACAUAUAUAUCACAGUCUUGUGAUGUGAUAGCAGAACAUGAUUUUUUUUUUUUAUGUAUAAUUAAGCUGAACAAGU